AUGCCAAUUCAAGAAUCCGAUGAAAAAGUUAAACCAACCAUUAAAAAGGAAGAUUUAAAAAUCGGACAAAAAGUUAAAUAUCAUCCUAUCGGUAGUAGUGUGCAACUUUCUGAAGGAAUCGUGAAAGAAAUAAUCACUCGACCUGAGAUCGUUGGAGAUUCUCAUAAAAGGGUUAAAGCUAGCGAAGAUGAUCCUAGAGUUGUUAUUGAAAAUUCGCACACACAUAAG